UCGCUUUCAAUGUCGUCUGCCCUCGCUCGUUAUGAGUCUUUUUUAAUCAACAACGUGUCUACAAUAUCUUCGGUCGAGUCUACCUUGCGUUCGAUCACAUGGCUUCUCCCCGGAAGAUUCAAGGAUGCGGAGCUGGCCUCUGAAGCUUUAUCGGCCUUGCUCAAUAGUCUGAGCCUAUAUCACGACACCUUGUUAGCGAAGAUAAUAGAUGCGGACCCCAAACAAAGACCUCUCAUACCACCUUCGUUGCAUACGCGCUACACACGAGCAUGGACCGACAACCUCCGGUACCGGUGGAUAGCUAGGGUGCUUGAGCUUACAAGAUUCGUCGAGCUUCUGAUCGAAAUGGGCUUGCGCAGGAGGGUCUCCGCCAAAGGCCGGUGGAGAGGCAUCAUCGUGCUGGAAGCGGUCAAGGCUAUCCUUCGUCUAAUUCUUCUCCGAACCACGCGCCGUCCUUGCCUCUCGCCCCCUAUCCCCGAAAGAGACCUCGAUCCCGCCAAUCUCCCAUCAGUAUCUACCACUUCGUCGCCCACCCUCGUGGCUUCCUCAUCUCCUCCCUCGCCCCCAGGCACACCUGAACAUCUCAGGAACAAUCACGUACCACUACUUCCUCAUCCGCUCCUUGCUUCAUCACCGCCCCCUACAACGAAGCAGACUUCGUCCGUAGAGGACUAUAUACUUUCGAAAGCACUGACCACCUCUUCCGUGAAAACACCAACCUCUCUUGUCAAACCUCUGGUUUCGCCAAAAGACUGGCUGGCCGAAGGUCUUUAUAUUAUACGACCUCUUGUUUACGCAAUAUUACUCUCCAACGAUCGACGCACAAAUCGUCCCUUGUUUACAUCCCUUGCUAUUGAGCUCGUCUCUCGGCAUCUUCGUCGUAUCCCGUCCAAUUCCUCAGCUCUCGAGCGGCAAGAAUACUCCCGCCGGGAUAGAGAUCUAUUCUGGUACCUCUUGCGAGGCUCCGUGUGGGAGAACUGGACUAGGCCCAAGCUUUCGACAUUUGCAGAUGGCACUGCAAAAAUCCCUUUCCUGAAUCUAUUUGGUGGUCUCUUGAAGGAUUGGAUGCCCCUGAUCGACGAGUACUAUUACUACACGGCCUCAUAGCAUGGAUGCGUUAGUCUGCAUGAGAGGACUGUCAGUCGUCGCUGCCAUUUUCUGGGUUUUUGCUAUGUACACCAUCCCACUUGAAUUAUCACCGUAUCAUCACAAC